CCAAAGCCUGCUGUAGCUGUUGUUGUUGCUAUUAUUAUUAUUGCGGCUCUUAACGUUGGAGAUGGUGCUUCUUCACCAUCAAUUGUUUCUUUCGUGUGUAGUUGAGUGAGUGAGUGUGUGUGGCUGUUUGUGCGCGCGAUUUUUUGUUGUUUUUAUAUUUUCAAAUUUUUUCUUUGACUCGUCGUUGUCGUUGCUAACAUGGUCGUCGUGGUUGUUGUUGUUGUUGAGGCUCUGACUGUUGCUGCAGCUACUGCUCUUGGGGUUUAUAAUGUUGUUGUUGCUGUUUGCUGCUGCCGUUAUUAUUGUUGUUGUUUUCGUCGUCGUCGUUGUUGUUGGCUGUUGUGUGUACAUUUGCAAAAGCGGUGGUUGUUGGUUAGUUCGCAUAUCUGUAAUCGUCUCAUUCAAGUGUCCAACUUUUGUCGGAGCGGUCGUCGCAUCAUCAACAUCACAGCACAGCAAUAUAUAGAAACGCAUACACGGGUAUACAAAACAAAAACAACAAAAUAAAAAAAAUAAAACAGCAAAAAAAGCACUUUUGUAUGUGCGGACUUAACUAAACAACACUAUUAUCAUCAUCUUAACCACCGCCAGCAGCAGUGUGUCUCCUCUUUUCCUGGAUUUUUCUUUCACAUUUGUCUGCAUUUAAUCAAUGCUGCUUGCAGCUUUAAUUAAUUAAAAAGAAAACGCAAUUCCCGGGUUCCAGACCUAUUAAAUGUCAUUUGUUAUGGGUUCUGAAGAAUUAAGUGGCACUUCCUUAAGCGGUAUUAGCAGCAGCGGCUCACUCGCCCCACAUCAUACCAACAACACCAUGAAAUCGACUAAAACUCAACGCGGCGGUAUCAGUGAAUCCUCUACAACAUCCGAUAAUACCACCGAUUUUAUUGAAAUUGUUAAAAAACAUCAAAUCGUCUAUAAUACUCAUCAUCCGGACUAUAAAAAUGUCGAAGUCAAAUUAAAAGUUUGGUCGCAAAUCGCUGAAGAAAUUGGUUUAUCUGUGGAUGCCUCUAAAAGAAAAUGGAAAAAUUUACGUGACAGUUAUACAAAAUAUUUGCGUUCAUUUCGCGUUGGUACCAAAACAUCCAAGAAGUAUCAAUUUGGGCUCAUGCCGAGCAGAGGACGCGGAAAACCCUAUCAAGGACCAGGAAGAAAUGCCAAUGCCACCAUAACAAAAGAUGAAGACGACACUGAAUGUGAUUUGGGCUAAGUAUUGAGCAAAGCUACCGCCAACACUACGGAUGAGGAGGGAACUUAAACAAAAUUCUGGGCUAAUAUUGUUCUAAAAAAUGCUCCCAUUAACACAGCAACUAUAGCAAAUAUGUUGCCAAACUAUACCAGUAAUAACAAAACUUCAACGAUAGGUUUAACCAUACCCAGUGCUGGAGCGGUGGCAGCCUCUACUGGAACCUCGUCCACCAUAUCGGGUACAAUAAUGUUGCCGGUGCCAUCAUUACCUACGGUACAAUUACCACCUUCUCUUACAGCCAAACCCAUUUUGGCCAGCUUACCUACAUCAACGAACAACAUCACAUCAACUGCUACAAACUCAUCCUCCUCCGCCUCCAUGGCUAAUACUUCGCACAGUUAUAGUACACCAGCCUCGCUGACAACGACCUCUAUGCCUUCACAGGUAUUUGCAUUGCCACAACUUUCAGCCAAAGGACCCAUACCAAUGCCCUCAAGUAAUACCGCCAGUUCGGUGGGUUGUCUUAUUAUCGAGCCACAACUAUUCGCCUCGGCGGAUACAUUUAAAAAGGAGUUUAAUAAUACCUCCUCUUCUGUCUAUUCUUCCUCAUCGACAGCACAAAUUACUCCGUCGGGUCUACAAAUUUAUCCGAAUGUUAGUAAUAACUCGCAAACGAUGGCGAAUCGUUUAACAUCACCACUUAUCACGAAAAUACGACGCGUACAACCUUCUCCACAAUCUUCUGCAAUUAAUUUAAGUUUCUCUACUGCACCCUCAGCAUCAGCCACAUCAGCAACAUCGGCUCUAACGUCCUACCCAACAAAUGGCUAUUCCUCUUUAACGAAUAAUUUUAUGCCUUCUCUAGGAGGCGCUACUACCAUAACAGCUACCACAGCCACUAAUGGCCUAGGUAGCGGUGGUAUUGCAGGUGCAGGUCCACCGCCCAUUAAAAAACUCAAAUCCGCUGAGGUUGAUAUAUCGGCCAUAUUACAGGCCAAUCGUGAUUUAGAUGCCAAUACUUUAUUUUUCCUUAGUUUGGCUCGUUCGGUGCGUUCUAUGCCCACGAAAUUUCAAUCUUUGGCUAAAAUGCGUUGUAUGCGUAUAGUCAGUGACAUAGAAUUGGAAUUGGAUAAUGUUAGCAAUGAGGCAAAUGGGGAGAACAACAGUUUGAAUACUAAGUACUGUACAAAUGAUACAGAUGCACCACCUACCGCUGGGGUGAUUAAUAAUAUCAAUGAAACUCCUUUGUCGGAGCAUUUUGUUUAUGUCAUGUCUCCCUCACGUGUAGAGAGUAUGAUCGAUUUAUCAUCUGAUGAUGAGAAUCAACAAGGCAAUAAUGGAAAUUAAUUGAUUGGAAAUUUAUCCUUUCAUAAAGUAAGUUAAAGUGAUUUUUUACUUAAAUUGAUUCUUAAUUUAACUAAUAUUUAUGUAAAUAUUUAUUUUUCCUAAUUUUAAUAUUAUAUGUAUGUGAGUAACGUUUCAGAGAAGAAACAAUAUGAAUUAAGAAAAUUUAACAGUAUUGUAAUAUUAUUGAUAUAAUUGUUGUUAUAAUGCUUAAAUUAUAAUGAAUAAUAAAGAAUUUU